AUGCACGACUGCGAAGACACCUGCAGCUCGCAUCUCAGCGGCGCGCCGGAGAGUGACGACAGGUUCCAGCACGGCGGCAGCGAAGAUAGCGCCAGCGAUCGCAACAAUGACUCAGACCACGACGGCGACAAGGACGACGGCGGCGGCAAUGGCAAAGAUGAGCCGCGGGACGACCCUUAUUUUCGCGGUUCGCGUGACGUGGACGAGGCCUCCAGAGUCACGCUGAGCGCAGCGCUCCUCAGUGACCUCGAGACCUCACACACCUCCCCAACGGCUCAUGCGGAGCAGGAGACACAGAGCAAGGUCAGCGACUGUUGCGUCUGCGGGAUGCACGCCGUGUACACGUGCCCCGGGUGUGGCCGUCGAACGUGCAGCGUCAUAUGCGUGCGGGUGCACAAGGAAGACUUCAAGUGCACCGGUAUGCGUGAUGUAGCCGUCAAGGUGCCGCUCAGCGAAUUCACGGAUCGGCAACUGCAGCGUGACUACCACUUCCUAGAGAACUGCCGUCGCGUUAUCGACAACAUCGAGCGCUGCUUUCCCCGCACGUCAUGGCGGUACAACUACAAGGCGUUGCCUCCUCCCCUGCACGCCUUGCGCGAAGCGGCUCGGCGCCGCGGCGUCAUCUGCCAGAUCAUGUCGGAGGGGAUGCGCAAGCGAGUCGAGAACACGAGUCGGCUUGAUCGAAAGACGAACACGAUUGUGUGGCGCUGCGAGUUUGUGUUUUGCAGCGCGGAUGACGGGGCCGAGGCGACGACCAUCUGCACAGACUGGGGAAGCGAGCGCCACCGGCUUGGCGACAUCCUCAAGUACUGCUGGGCCACAAACCCGCCACUUCUCUGUUACCACAUUAACCGCCGGUACAACCGGGUCUCCAAGUACGUGGCCGAAUCGGCGGCAAAAACGACGAAGGAUGUCGGGGGGGAGGUGCCCGAGGAAACGGACCCGACCCAGCACGACAAUGCGGCGGCACCGCUGGAAACUGCAGCGGAUGACGGCUCGGCAGCAGCACCCCCUACAGGUGUGGAUGUCUUGCCCACGGCAGAGGUGGCGAGGUUGGCGAACGACGAGGAUGAGGGCGAUGUACCACCGCCUACGGUCUCUGCUGUAGAGCCUGAGGCCGCCGCAAGCACAGGGGGAUGCCCACGGAGUGCUCCGGCGGAGCUGCUACCGCUGCGCGCCUACGAGGUGGUGUUGCCAAUGCCGCCGAUCGAGCCAGUGACCCCACGAGAGGCGCAGGAGCAAGCCUUCGUGCAGGCCUUCCUGGCACAGGAGAAGUACGUGAUUUUGUCCAAGGCGGAACGGCUGGGCAACGACGCGCGGUACUUCCUACUCGACCCUUACGAUACCCUCAACGAGAAUCUGCGUCGACUUUUCUUUGUCAGCGAGUUCCCUGUGUUCGUUGUCGUGCAUGUGUCCCAGCUCCACCGCUUCACCCUCGUAACGGAGGAAGACAAGGAGGCGAUUCGGAGCAGUUUCCGCUCCAAGAAGACCCACGAGCCGCGCGAGCGGCCGCCGAUGCGCAAGCGGAGCGAGAUGGAGCCGGGGGAAUUGGAGCGUCUGAGUCGCGUGCCGUGCCGGCGCUUCCUUCAGGGCCGCUGCCUGAACGCCGAGGAGUGCCCGUACUGGCACUGUACGCCACACGAGAUUCCUGUGUGUCGCACAUUUCUCCGGUUUGGUGAGUGCGAUAAGGGAACGCGGUGCAGUUUCCGCCACGACGCCGAUGCGGUGCGGAUCGCCCGCAAGCGUCAGCGCGACGGCCUCGGCGAAGACGGUAGUCCGAUGCGUGGCCGUGGCAUGGGCCGCGGCCGCGGCUUCGGCCGGUUGCGUGAUGGCGGCCGAGGACGCGGUGGCAUGGGCGGUGGCUUCUACGCACCACGUCGCCGCACCGAGUAA